CAGCUCUGCUCGAUGAGAUAUAGUGAUUUUGCCAACACAGCCCGAUUUAUAAACUGUUAUCAACGGACUAUAAUAUUUGUUAAUUAAAUCGGACUUCAUUAAUAUGAGUAAUCCACGAAUGUCACCAGUUAAUGAACACGAUAAAACUCGAGAUAUAGCAAGUCUAUAGAUCACAAUGACUACAAUGAAUGGCUAAAUGAAUUCCGGACAUUAAGGGUCUUCCUCAUUGAUGUAUAAUGAGAACGGGACUUCCUCCUCGGGAUAGAGAGCAGAGCAAACAAAUGAAAAUAAUAUCGCGAGUGAUUUAGGGAUAAAAUAAAGCCUAAGUAAUGGUAGCUCAUUAUUGUAUUUUUUUUCACCCACAAUAAAAGAAACCUGACAAGACAGUCGGUUGGGCUGUGCCCCGCCUCUUGCUACCGGAGACUCCACCAUCCCACAUUGCAUUGCGAAUGUGUUUGCUAGCAUUAGCGUUUAACAUUCAGUGGCGUUAGUGUUUUUGUAGGCAGGACAUGUUGGUUUAGUGAAUAACCUACUUUUUUUAUAUUAAUAACGACUCUUAGUGUAUUAAGUACAGCACACGCAAACAUGGAGAUCGGCACAGAGAUAAGCAAGAAAAUACGGGCUGCUAUCAAGGGAAAGCUUCAAGAACUCGGUGCCUAUGUUGACGAAGAGUUACCAGACUAUAUCAUGGUGAUGGUGGCCAACAAGAAGACUUCACAGCAGAUGUCUGAUGACCUGUCCCUCUUCCUCGGCAACAAUACCAUCAAGUUUACUGUCUGGUUACAUGGAGUCCUGGAGAAGCUGAGGUCUGUGGCUGUAGGUAAGUUCAGGUUACAUGGAGUCCUGGAGAAGCUGAGGUCUGUGGCUGUAGAACCCGCGUCCCUGAGGCCUCAGCUGUACUCCGACACUGGCACCUCGUCAGGGAAGAGUGAGUGGAAGGGGGAGGAGUCAAAGGGCCUUGCGGUGUCCAGCUCACGCUCUGAUAGGACAGAGGCCCGUGUGUCAAGCUCCGCCCAUGAGCACAGAAGGGUCUCCUCAGACAAAACCUCCUUGUCCCGCCUCACCUCCGCGGUCAAGCCCCUGAUGGACCCUCCCUCCUCUGAGGCCGUCAUCGACAUCAAGCCCGAGCUAGACGAUGACCUCAUCGGCGAGGACCCCGUGGACAUGGGCGUCCUCCCAGGUCGCCUGCGUGGAUCCACCUCCGGAGGAGGGCGGGCAUCAGCUCAGAUCUACAGGCCACCCCAGGGCAGGUCCUCCUCGGGGACAGGCAGGUCGGCGGACGCCUAUAGGUCCUCAGAAGGGUCCUCGGGGUCUCACAGCAGGCAGCAGCACAGCAGCUAUCACCUGGACAGUAGGAGCAGCAGAGACAGCAGGACAUACAGAGAUGGAGGCAGCAGCAGGCAGCAGGAGGAGGCUUCGAGGAAGCGCAAAGCCCCGGUGGUGAGCUCCGUGGUGCGGGUGAACCAGGCAGCAGACGGGGGUCGAGACAGUGAGGAGGAGGAGGAUGAUGAUGAUGAAGAUGAAGGAUACGGGGUCAAGAACCUGUCCAGCAGAGUGUCCCUGCCUUCCAAACCAGAACGCAAACCCUCCCUGCCCCCGGCCAAACAAGCCAACAAGAACCUGCUACUGAGGGCUAUGUCUGAGGCCCAGAUCUCUAUCAACAAGACUGCAGCCUACCCACCUAUACCACAGAGACAGACGGUUCCGGUGGCGCCCAGGACGCGUUCAACCGCUGACGAGAUGAACGCAGCCAUCCAGCUGGUUCAGGAGCACCUCCACGGCCUGGUCCCCAGGGGGCAGUCUUACACCCCCUCAGAGCCUCAGCCCCCCAGGCAGCUAGUAGUUCAGUCUCGGUCCCUGGCCUCUCGGCUGCAGUUAGACGUGCCAGAAGACACCAUGAGCGCACAGCACAGUGACUAUUUAGCUCUGGAGGUGGCUGAGGGGAGUGUUCUGAAGCCAUUUGACACACGCUCCUUCAUCGUGAGGAGACCUGAACUGGAGGAGGAGCUGGUUCCUGUCCGGAGCAGACUGGGACAACUGGACAAGGUGCCUAUGACGAGUAGGCUGGGGUUAGAGGAGGUGCCACCUCCUAUGAGGAGUGGACUGGAGGAAGUGCCACCUCCUAUGAGGAGUAGACGGGAGGAGACCGCAGUGCCUAUGAGGAGCAGGCUGGGAGCCAUGGUCAAGGAGGAGAUCCAGCCAGCUACUCCACGUAUGGUGCAGCCAGCCAGCAGUGAGAAGGCUGAAGCCGCGGGGUCAGCCAGUCCUAAAUUCAUUGUGACUCUGGAUGGGGUUCCUAGCCCCCUGGGUAACCUAGGAGACUGUGACAUGGAGGCAGACGACAGUUAUCCUAAACCAACCAAGACCACCAUGCCUGACCCCUCCAUCCACCUCGGAACAAAACCCAAACUCAGCAUCCACCACAGACUGCAGGGGGAACCACAAUACCCUGAUGAGUUAGGGAUGGAGACCGAGGAGGAGGAGGCGGGUCCUGUGAAGAGACAGAAGGUUCUGGAGAGGUGUAAGUUCUGGCCCGUCUGUAAGAGUGGAGAUGAGUGUGUUUACCACCACCCUACCACUCAGUGCAAAACCUUCCCCAGCUGUAAGUUUGGGGACAAAUGCCUGUUCGUCCAUCCUAACUGUAAGUUUGACGGCAAGUGUUCCAAACCAGAUUGUCCCUUCACUCACGUCAGCCGCAGAGGACCUGCCCCCUACGCCCCCCCAGUCAGACCAGUACCUCCAGUCCAGACCAGCAGUGUCUGCCGUUUCUUCCCAGAGUGUAAGAAGAUGGACUGUCUCUUCUACCACCCCAAGCCGUGUCGGUUUGGAGCCCAGUGUAAACGUACUGGCUGCACCUUCUACCACCCCACUGCCUCGGUCCCUCCCAGACACGCCCUCAAGUGGACUAAGGCCCAGAGCAGCUAGACUACAAGAGUACCUGAGACUGACCGAGUCAAGAUGAUGUGAAGCUAUAGAACAGGGUUCCCCAACUGGUGGCCCGCGGGCUAAAUUUGGCCCGCAGGUGAUUUUAUUUGCCCCCCCAACCCUCCGCCCCCAAGUUUUCUGAGCAAAAUAAAGUGUUUAUUAUUGUUGGACGUAAGACUGUAAAAACACCAGCAUUUCAGCUUCAAGUGAAAUUUUAACUUUGGGAUUGUGUUCCAAACUAUUCCCAUGCAUAAUAGAGAUUUGAUUGUAUACAAAUGUAAGCAAAGUUUGAAGUAAUUGUUUUAGUCAAAUAUAUCCGUUUGGGCUUCUUGCUGUCAAUUUACAGUCUACAAUUUUUAUUAUGUUCUGGCCCCCUGAACAUUCUUUAGAAUUUUGUGUUGCCCGUGAAUCUAGUUUUUGAUCCCUUCCUGUAGAAGAUAUGAUGAUACUGUUCAGUUAUUCUUUUAUUCUCUUACGGUUUAAUUAUCAACGAUCUGGUCAGUCCUUUUAUUUGUUUUUAUUUCAUUUUGUGAAACUGACAUUUUUUUUUUUUUUAACCAGACAAAACUUACAGGGUUUUGUAAAGUUGUUGUACUGCAUAUUUUGUUUUGAUAAUGUUGAAAGUAUAUUAAAAUACUCCCAUGUCAA